AUGCAGACCUGCUCUUCGGAGAACACCGGCGAUUCUACGUGCUGUGACGAUGAUUUUUCUUGGGUAUGUACUCAAGAUAAGAUGGAAGCUCCAAAAGCUUCCAUAGAAUCCGACCAAAGAUCGCUUUCAUGCGAUCAACGCAGUCUAUCGCAGCCACAACAUGUUCGACAUUCUCGACAAUCAGCUAAAUCUGAUACAGUUGAUAUAGGUAGCGCUAUCUCUAACGGAAAACCUCCCAGACCUACACGAGAAACGGGCAGUUUAGACCGACGUCGACGUCUGCGAUCUACCCGUAAUGAACGAGAUAACAAAAGUCGCAGUACACACUCACUUAAGGAAAAAUCUUCUUCCUCUGAGAUGUAUAAGCAUGUUGAUGUGUCGAGUAAUCGUAGUCUAAAUUUAAAAGAUUUUCAUGAUUCUUCAAGCCUUAUCAACUAUAACAGUAUUCGUUGCGAGAGUCAACAUCAUUGUUGUCCACCUCAUCAAAAUUCUCGGCUUUCCUCUAACAUUCGUAACCUAUCGCCACUGCCGCCCAUAUCCGCUUGGGAUCCUCAGUUUUGUUGGAGUAAUCCACACUACCACCAUCAACACCAAAGCAGAGAAGAAUUGAGAUUGAUUGACUAUUAUUGUCAUCAACAAAGCAAAAGAAGUCAAGACGUAUCCUGUUCCAGCGCCUGUUGUCGAAACUAUUAUUACACACCAACUGCCCUAUGCUGUUCAUUUGAUCAUCGAUCGCAAUGGAAUCAUAAUGCCAAGCGUCAGGAUACAGAUGAACGUUUACGGCGUUUUCAAACAGAUAAAGAAGCUCUUGCACUGCAAGUUAAAGCACUUACUGAACAAGUUCAAUCCCAGACCUCCAGAAUAAAUGAAUUAGAAAACACGAUAAAAGAGAAGAACCAACUUCUGUCAAAUGCGGAUGAUCUACUGCAGCGAGUAAGCGUAUUUGCAAAAACAGUUGGCAUCCAGAUUGACAAACAAAAAGAAAUGCUUUCGAGGUCUUCGUUAGAAACCCAAAAACUGGAACUUAUGUCAGCGAUGAGUGAGCUUAAACUUCAACAAGCAGCUUUAGAACGAGAAAAUCUAGAACUCCGUACAAAUUUUAUAACCAGCACUGGUGGUUCUACUGCGUUAGUUAAUGGUGGUCCUACCAAUGGACCUGGAUCGACGUUGACAAAUGUGCUUAAUAAUAACACGAUUGCAUCUAGUAUGCUCAAAAGGCCACACAUUAUUACUAACACAAGAAUGGUAGGCAUGUCGUCUGCACCGGUAACAUCUUUGAUAUCAUCUCCAAUUCAUCAUGGCAGCCACGGAAAUUUGCAACAGACGGCAGUGAGUCCUACCACUCCGAAGACUCCACCGGCAAGUUAUCGACACAGAAUCGAUGUUCAUUACAGUAGUCUACCACGACAAGCUUUUGCAACAACUUUGUCUACAGUCAGUACUUCAAGCGGCUCUUCGACGACUACAGAGAGUAAUGCAAACCUUAAGCGAAACGCUGCCUUAGCUCCGGCAAUGGGUGAAGCAGAAAAUUUCAAUUUAAAGCAACUAGAAGCUGCAGCAACAUCCACGCAAGAAAUACAAUUUUAUUGUAGUAAUGCAGACCGCACAACUGAUAAAAGUUUUCGAGAGCAAUACGAAGUUCAACGAGCAAAUACUGAUUCGCCAUCACCAAUCAUCACCACCAAAAUAGAAAACAACACUAAAUCAUCGGGAAUGAAAGAUCAAAAAAUGUUGAUAGAAAACAAAGCGAAUAACGAAUCAGCAUUGGAUUUUGAUUCGAAUGUGAUUCUGUGUUCAAAAACUUCGAUCCUUACGCCAUCCAUGGUAGCACAACCUCGACUCAAGAUAAAUGAUAAGCUGCGGGGAUUUUCUGUACCAAAUUUAGGUCUUACUAUUUGA